AUGACGAAGCAGUCUGAGCCAAGGUCUUCGCGGUUCUCCACGGAGCCAGCCCCUGCCCUCCAGUCCCACCCCCCUGCUUUUUGUUUCCAUACUUCCUUCCGAGCAGCUCCCGCGCGCCCCCUGUCGGCGUUUCUCCCUCCCUCCGCGCGGGGCCUGCUCUACGCCUCAACCGUCUCAAUCAGCCAACGAGGCUCUAGGUCAGCGGAGCCAUGUUCCUUCUUCUGGUCCUUUUCACCGGCCUCGGGGGACUGCACGCAGGCCUCAGUUGCUUAUAUCAUUACAAUAGAAGGAAAACCAUAUUUUGUCCAUCUCAAAAAGCAAUUAUUUUUAUCUUCAGCUUCUGUUGUUUAUUCUUAUGACAAAAAUGACAUCCAACAUUCUCAGCCUUUGUCAGCUCAGAAACCUGACUAUUUCAAGUUAUUCCCCCGAUAUCUUGAUAUGUAUAUUGUUGUGGAUAAAAAUCUGUUUGAUUACAUGGGCUCUGAUAUAAAAAGUGUAACACAGAAGGUUAUUCAGAUCAUCGGCUUUGUUAACACUAUGCUUACCCAGUUAAAACUGACUGUUAGAAUAUCUGCCAUAGAUAUCUGGUCAAAUAAAAACAAAAUUUCUACUGCAGGAAGUCCUGAUUAUGUAUUAUAUAAAUUUUUGGAAUGGAAAUACAGAUUUCUCUUUCAACCUCAUCAUACUGCAUACUUACUUGCGUACUCUGGGGGUGUAAAGGAUUUUAGCACCUGUAGCUUGGAUGACUUUAAAUAUUUUGCUGCACAUUCUGGCCUCACAUGUCUUCAUAGCAUCCUUUUGGAUGAACCAGUUUACAAACAGAGGAGGAAGAUAUGUGGCAAUGGAAUUCUGGAACGAGGUGAACAAUGUGAUUGCGGCACUUUAGAGAAUUGUACCCAUAAACACUGCUGUGAUCCUAGAACAUGUAGAAGGAAACGGAAUAAACAGUGUGGUUCUGGGGAAUGCUGCACACAAGACUGCAAGAUAAGACCUGCUAAUGUAAUUUGUAGGAAAUCAGCUGAUGAAUGUGAUUUUAUAGAGUACUGUAAUGGGACUUAUUCACACUGUGUGGCUGACACAUUUGCACGUAAUGGACAAAGUUGUGAAUCUGGUUCCGCCUACUGUUAUGAAGGACGAUGUCGGUCAUUUACUAAACAGUGUAGAAAUUUAAUUGGAGGAGAAUCAACAGGUGCUUCAUUCUCUUGUUUUGAUGAAAUAAAUUCAAGAAAAGAUAGAUUUGGAAACUGUGGCAGAGAAUAUUGUAAUUACCCCCAUUUGUUAUGUGGAAAAUUAGUUUGUAACUGGCCACACAAAUAUUUAAUUUCACGUGCAAAUUUAUCUGUGAUUUAUUCACAUGUACGAGAGCAAAUGUGUGUAUCUACAUUUCUAAAUGCAGAGAAAAUACCUAGAGAUACAAUUACUACAGUUGAAUUCCCUCAAGACAGAGAUCGAACAUUUGUACAAGACGGCACUGUGUGUGGACCUGAAAUGUUUUGCUUGAACUUUAGCUGUGUAGAGAUUAAAUACAGAGUCAAUUAUGAGGAAUGCAAUUCUUCCAGACAUUGUAAUGCAAAUGGAGUCUGCAACAAUCUUAACCAUUGCCAUUGUAAAAAGGGGUUUGUUCCUCCUGAUUGCAACCUGGGAAACGGUUUUGGAAGUAUUGAUGAUGGACACCAAAGCAAAGUGGGUCCUAGAAAGCUUUGGGAGGGAAAAGUCCUUCCUUCAAAACACAGAUUUCAACUCAUUCUCUACAUUUCUUUACCUGUGUUGAUCAUUGCUACUACUGCUAUAAUAAUAAAGCAGAAUAAAAUAAGAGAGCUGUGCUACCGAGGAGAAACUGAAAGUGAGGGGUCUGUGUCGGAAGAAAGCAGCAGCAGCAGCAAGUUGUCCCCUACCGUAAGGCUCACAGCUAAACUGAAUGAAAAACAGACUUCCCAAAUAAUCUCUGACCCUACUCAUCCAUAUUCUUCUAGAUUAUCAACAUCCACACCAGAGCAGUACCAUUGUUAA